AUCAACAAAGUUCAGUUGAGUUCAAUGCUCAGCCAUGAAGAGAAAUGAGAUCGCAGCAGCAGCCAUGGUUUUGCUCUUGUUGACGUUGGGCGCUGAGGCCCAGAUCUGUUACUCGCGGAGCAAGACCUUCAAGGGGUGGUGCUACCACAGCACCAACUGCAUCUCCGUUUGCAUCACCGAGGGGGAGAUUAGCGGGUUCUGCCAGCAUGGAAUUUGCAUGUGCACCUAUGAGUGUCUCACGGGUAACGAAGCUAGCCUGCCUGGUGGUGGUGGUGGUGGUGAAGACCCACAGUUAUUACACGUCGCCACGCCAAACGGUGAUGGGGCUAGACCACUGUCACUUGAGGAUGACAAGAAAGAGACAUCGACAGAGACGGCUAUGAGGGGCGCCAAGAGCCAUAGUCCGCGCUACAUGAGGAGGUAGCUGACAGUAGAGCGGCUGGUUUCGUGGGAUGGUGCUACUCUCUUCUACAUGCUAAUUGAGUUGAUGAAUAAUAAAUUGGUUGUGUUUACUUAAUUAUAGGGCGGCUGAGCAAUGUUUGUGUUUGUUCUUAUCCAAAUCACUAUCCGAUGAAACGACAUAUGCGAAUGCCCACGACUUUGGUUGGCUCUCAAUCUCAGUUUUCAUUCUUGCUGAAGUUUUGAGUCUGUUUGCUCUUGUGUUCUUCCCUCUCCUCUCUUUGUAAUCUUAUGAAGAACCAUCGAGUUCUUGUGUGAGGAUUUGGUUUGAGGAUU